UAUCAACCGGUCGAUAUUGUUUGGUCGCUCUCACCAGUACUCAAAUGUGUUUUUUCUCAUUCAAUACAUCUAGCGACACGUCGACAGCUCUGAUUAUCAAUUCAAACGCUAUUCCUUUUUCGCUAAAGUACAACGGAAACAAGACCUUGCGAUUUCGAUUAUAAAUGCACUACUCGCAAAUGAGGUGGAUGUUCUUUUGUUUGACAGCACUGCUUCACGGUAGCUUCAUCGUCAAUGCUGCCAAAAUUCUGGUCUAUUGUCCGUCCAUUAGUAAGAGCCACGUUCUUUUGUGCUCUAAGUAUGCCGACCUUCUUCACAAUGCGGGACACGACACGGUGCUUUUCAUUCCUUCCUAUUCGAAACUACUGGACAACUAUGACGGUGCGAAACACGCCAAAGUGUGGAGACUUCACAACGUCACCGAGGCGUAUGAUACAAAAUUGGGUACUUUGGCCAACGUGAUGGAGAACUCUCACAUCGGAUUCAUCGACCGCCUGACAUUUGAUGCCGAUUUUUGGAUAGAUAUGUGUGCAGAUCUACUUGGAAAACUGCCUGAGAUGCAGCAUAUCAUUGACUACAAGUUCGACUUGGUCAUCUACAACGAGAUUGACCCAUGUACUCCGGCUAUAGUGAGGUUGUUCAACAUCCCAAAGACAGUGCUACUCUCCAGCGAGGCCAUCAUGGACAAGGUUGCGUGGAACCUAGGCAAGCCGAUGACGACGUUUGCAGAAAGUUGAUACGACCCGGUCAAAUUUCAGGGUUGCCCACACUCCCGUCGUAUGUGCCGAGCGUCGAAGAGAAUCCGAACCACGAUCGGAUGAGCUUUUUUGAACGAAUGUCGAAUGUCUAUAAAUUUUUCCAAUCCAUUGUUGUCCAUUAUCUGCAAGAUAUACAUGUCCUAAAUUUGUUCCGUAAAGAAGUGAGUUCCGAUUUUCCGUCAAUUGCUGAAAUCAUAAGAAACGUUUCACUUGUUCUGGUCAAUACCGAUGAAAUUUUUGAUCUUCCGCGUUCAUAUUCGUCAAAGUUUGUCUAUGUAGGAAUGCUAGAAGCUGGAAAAGAUGAAAACGUUACACUCCCCAAGAAGCAAGAUGAUUACUUCAAAAAAGGGAAAUCUGGAUCAGUGUUUGUAUCAUUCGGCACAGUUACCCCGUUCCGUUCACUUCCCGAAAGAAUUCAGCUGUCUAUUUUAAAUGCGAUCCAGAAACUGCCGGAUUAUCAUUUUGUAGUAAAAACAACUGCGGAUGACGAAUCUUCUGCACAAUUCUUCUCAACUGUUCAAAAUGUUGAUUUGGUGGAUUGGGUACCACAAAAGGCAGUUUUGAGACAUGCAAACCUGAAACUAUUUGUGUCUCACGGAGGAAUGAAUAGUGUACUUGAGACCAUGUACUAUGGAGUUCCAAUGGUUAUAAUGCCAGUAUUCACUGACCAAUUUAGAAAUGGAAGAAAUGUUGAGAGACGUGGAGCCGGGAAGAUGGUGCUAAGAGAAACCGUUGUGAAAGAGACAUUUUUCGACGCGAUUCACAGUGUUUUGGAAGAGAAAAGCUACUCCUCGAGUGUGAAGCGAAUUUCUCAUCUUAUGAAAAACAAGCCAUUCACUUCUGAAGAACGUGUUACAAAAUGGAUCGAUUUUGUGCUCAAAUACGAAACCUCCGAACACUUUGACCUGGAAAGCAACAACUUAUCAAUUAUUGAACACAAUCAUCUUGACCUUUUCUUUUAUUUGUGCAUAAUCUCCCUCCUUAAUUUCGUUGUCUACCGUAAAAUCUUCAAGCGGAAAUCCCAGUCUUAAUCUCUCAUUACUAUAAUCUUUUAUUUUUCUGGUUGAUCAAGACAUCACGGAAGAACUUUAUGUGAGCUCUAUUUUCAUAAACACAUUUUUUUG